UCACUUCUCAACCACUCUCCAAACAUGAAUCAUUGCGCUGCCUCAACCGCGCGGUGAACAUGGCGGACAGUGCUAGCGAAAGUGACACUGAUGGAGCGGGCAGCAGCGCUGCCACCCCACAAUGUCCCUCGUCCUCAUCUUCCAACAAACCUGGCGUCGUGAUAUCUCCAUUUCGUCUGGAAGAACUAACAAAUCGACUCGCUUCGCUGCAGCAGGAAAACAAAGUACUUAAAAUAGAGCUGGAAACGUUCAAACUGAAAUGCAAAGCCCUCCAAGAGGAGAACCAAGACCUGCGGAAAGCUAGCGUCACUAUUCAAGCUCGUGCGGAGCAGGAAGAAGAGUUCAUCAGCAACACACUCUUCAAGAAGAUCCAGGCCCUUCAGAAGGAGAAGGAGACGCUCGCGGUCAACUAUGAGAAGGAGGAGGAGUUCCUCACCAACGAGCUGUCCAGGAAACUCAUGCAACUCCAGCAUGAGAAGGCCGAGCUGGAGCAGCACCUGGAACAGGAGCAGGAGUUCCAGGUGAACAAGCUCAUGAAGAAGAUCAAGAAGCUGGAGAACGACACCAUCACCAAGCAGCUCACACUGGAACAGCUACGACGAGAGAAGAUCGACCUGGAGAACACGCUAGAGCAAGAACAAGAAGCCCUGGUCAACCGGCUAUGGAAGAGGAUGGAUAGACUGGAGGCAGAGAAGAGAAUCCUCCAGGAGAAGCUGGACCAGCCAGUGUCUGCUCCGCCAUCGCCGCGGGACAUCUCCAUGGAGAUCGACUCGCCAGAGAACAUGAUGCGGCACAUCCGCUUCCUAAAGAUCGAGGUGGAGCGGCUCAAGAAGAACCUGCGCACCACCGAACUGCAACACACGGAGAAGAGGGCGCAGUACAUAGAGGAGGAGCGGCACAUGCGAGAGGAGAACAUCCGGCUCCAGCGGAAACUGCAGCGCGAGGUGGAGCGCAGGGAGGCGCUCUGCAGGCAGCUAUCGGAGAGUGAGAGCAGUCUGGAGAUGGACGACGAGAGGUACUUUAACGAGAUGUCCGCUCAGGGACUACGGCCUCGGACCGUCUCCAGCCCCAUCCCCUACACCCCCUCGCCCAGCUCCAGCCGACCCAUAUCACCAGGGCUGACAUAUGCCAGUCACACCGUGGGCUUCACUCCUCCGACGACCCUCACCCGAGCGGGCAUGUCUUACUACAACACUCCCGGCCUUCACAUGCACGUGGGCACCUCGCAUGGCAUUACAAGACCCUCCCCGAGAAGGAGCAACAGUCCAGACAAGUUCAAGCGGCCCACGCCGCCCCCCUCCCCCAACACGCCGGCCAGCCUACUCACUCAGGCUCCGCCUCCUCUGGCCCCUCCCAGCCAGCCCUCCGCCAGCCAAUCAGGGGCCUCGCAGCAGCCUCUCCACCAAUCCCAGCAGCAGCAGCCGCCACGGGACGCAUGACUCGGCAUCAUCACCGCCGCCGUUCCACUCCUCCGUUUCGCUCCCCUCCUCCGCUGUCACCGGACAGGACUGGAGACACACACACACACACACACGCACACACACUUACAAACGCACUCCUACACACACACUCACGCAUGCAAACGCACACAUACACUUGCAAACACACACACCAAUCAACUUUGCGCUUACAACCCUUACUCACCCGCGCUCCUUAAACAACUCUUACACUACCCAAAUAAACAUUAAAGUUGUCGACUUGCACUGAGAUCCUACAGACUUAACUGUGUUAUCAGUUUCACGAUAAGAGGAAAACCAACAAAAAAAAAAAAGGAAACGUUUUCGUCUUUCGAAAGCAGAUGGUUGGUUGUCGCCUUGACAACACUUCAGACGUCCACGUGGUGGUGACCCCUCCUCAGUGCUUGCAAGCCCCGCCUCCCCUUAAUCCCACACUAACGAGGCGUGACGCUUUUCUCUCACACCUGGUCUGAAGGCAUUAGUGCCUUUUAAAUUUCAAAGAAGGAGAAAAAAAAAGGGAUUUUUUUUUCUGACUAGUUAUUUUAUAACAUUAAAGAUUGUCUCGAUACAAUAGACAAUGGACAUCAUCAGCUAUCAGUUUGUGCCUGUAUAACCGGACAGUAUACCUUCCAAUAUAAAGCUGCUAGUGAUAUCACAAAACAGAAAAAUGGUACUCCUUUUUUUUUUUUUAGACAGGUAGUAUGAAAAAUAAGAUAUAAUGUUUUGCCCCUGGCUUUUACCUCAACUUGGUUAUAUGCAUGUGCGUAUAUGCAGUUGAAAUCGAAUGCUGAUUGACUUUCACCUGAAAGAAGUCACACUUAACCAAGUGGUUGUACGAGUUAUAGCUUGGACAAGUUGACAGCUAAAGAUGUUUUGAAGGCCUUUAAAGGUGUGUGUGUUUGUGUCUGUGUACGCGUGUGCGUGCGUGUGUGUCUGCAUUUGUGUGUGUGUGUGUGGUAAACAGUUGAAGGUUGUUGUUGUAUGUCUCGUCACUCUGUCGCAGUGGGUUCCUGUCCAGCCAGAGUUUAGAGAGAGAUGCCGAACGGAGACUUAUUAGUGCCUGUAGGGUCGACCUUGGAGCAAUAUGCAGAAUUUUGGCCUUUCUAUAAGACAAGUCCUCUCGGUUUAUGGCGACUGGUGUGUAGAGCCCCAAUAAUACUCAUCACCAUUGAGAUUUGCCGUGGCUCUGGGAUCAGACAUUUUCUCUCUUCCUGUUGUUAUUCCAUGUACAACCACCACCGCCGAUGCUGUCGGUGUAUUGUGAGAAGUUUGAGUUCGGUCCACAGAAACUUAACAGAAAUGUACCUGUAGAGGUAAAUACUCUCAGAAAUGUACGUACCUGUCUCCACAGGAAAAGACUCUCACUCCCCAAACAAAGAUUCUUUUUUGUUUGUUUGUUUGUUUGUUUUUGUUUCUCUCUUUUCUCUGCCCCCGUACUCUGGUCAUGUCAUACAUGGGAAGUGUGUUUGUGUGUGUGUGUGUGUGUGUGUUUUUUUGUUUGUUUGGAGUCCCUUCCUACUGAACAGCACUUUUUUGACACCUUGUUUCUUGACAUAAAGACUUCAGAAUAACCUUUUUUGUGUGCAGGUGUGUGGAAUGAAUAUCAGAAUCUGAAUCGCAGUAGGGAUCUAUUCCUUUAGGGCCAAAAGAGCACCGUUGCUCUUCUUGGGAGAUUGUCGGGUUCUCCAGGAGUUGCGUCUGAAACUGGUACCACUGUGAUAUCUUUUCAAGCAGCAUGUGUUGAUGGUGACAACUAUGCGAGACAAGAGAACCGAUCAAGAUCACUUAUGAGUGUAAAUAAGAUGUAUUUUCUGGUUUUUUAGUAAGCUUUGAAAGAGGAAAAACAAAAAGUGUUCCCGCCCAUUGCACACGCACGUGUGUUUGUGUGUGUUUGUGAUCUAGUCUUAAGCCUUUGUCAUUUCCGUGGUGAUAGUAGACUUUUGACCCUUCCUUGCCCUCACAGCUCCCAGAUUCCAGGGCGCUUUAUGUUGGACCAGCUUAGAUGUGAAACUAGAACAACACAGAGCACUUAGCUGAUAAUUUACUGUGUCCCCCACUUUAAUUAUAGUGACCAUUCACUCGAUGAAACCAAAUAUAACCCUAAAACAAAGUUGAUCAAAUCAAUAAAGUACAAAACCAAGCCUGGCCAUGUUGGAAGUGAUUUGCGUCAUGACAGCAAUGCAGCUAAUGACACUUUGACAGAAAGAAGUUUUUAACAUUCUGGAAAUUUUCUUUCUUGUUUUCUUUGUCUGUCCAUUUUUCUUUGUUUUCUUUGUUAUACUUAUAGUAACACUGUGGCCUACCUACACACACACACCAACACAUUUUCAUUAUGGUAUCGAAGCAACUCACACCUCCAUCACUGUGUUGGCGUGACUAGGAGAGGUAAUAGGUGUGAGUCUUUGGGGGAGAAUGUGGGUGCAUAUUGUCGAUUGUUUUUUGUUUUGCUAUUUCUCUUUUUUUGUUUAUCAAUUCAAACGGCACGAGGGGACUCUGAAACUAGAUUUUUUGAUGGUGGUGUUUCAUUUUGUGUGUGUAAGGGUGUCAUUUUCAAAAUGAUAUAUUGUAAACCUUUUUUUUUAUAUACGUUUGUCUUGUAAAUAUGCUUAAUUUGAUUGUUUAAAAAUAUGUUUUACAAGGAAGUGUUCAUCUACACAUUUCAUAAUUUUACCAGAACUCACCAUCAGGUUUUGCUCUUCUGUUUCUGUUCAUCUCUCUCUCCAUCUCUCUUUCUCCAUCUCUCUCUUUCUUUCUGGUAAAGCAUUUUAAUUUCAAGACUGUUGACAAAUGAAUGUAAAGUUUUGCUCAUGUAUAGCUUGCAUUAGUAAAUGGAACACCUAUGAGCCUUAUCUCACUGUGGUAUUGGUAUUUGGAGGGGGGGGGGGGGCGUGUGUAAGCAUAAUCUAGCUUAUCACCACAUCAACACAAUUAAAAAAGCCUUAACGUGUGGUCCACUUUUGAGUCUUGUGUCCUCACAUUGCUUUGUUAGCUUUUUCAUUUGUCAAGCAGUGGUGUGCUUCUAGAUCUUUCUAGAAGAUCCUUUGAGAGGUUGUAUUUGCUGACGAGUGAUUCUCCAGGGUUUCUCCAUCUUAACAGACAGGGGCAGCUGUGUCUGUUGAAAGUAGGUUCAGGUCAUCAUUAAUAAAGAGAUUGUGGGUACGAA